UGAGUGAGUUUCCCCUCGGUCUCCUCUCGCUGUUGCACGGCUCUGCCUCCUCUCUCAUGAGCCAUCUUCUUCUCCACUUGAAGCAUUCCGCGUCGUCGCAGCUUCUUCUUCUUCUUCUUCUCCUGCUUCUGCUCCACUUCUGACUGACUUCCCAGCUGCUCAGCACACAGCCGGAGCCCGACCGAGCAGCAGCAGCAGCAGCAGCAGCAGCUCUGCACCGCUCUCUGCCCCGCUGCUGUGUCAAAAGAUAACCGACAACCGCAGACCCAGACACUGCGGGAGGUGACAGAUUCAGAUCCAGAUCGAGCCCCCCCCUCCUCCUCCUGCAUUACCCGCGGAGCCAUCCGGCAAAGCCAGUCGAGGGAUGGAGGUAUCUUACCAUGCCAGAUCUACACACAGGAGCAAAUCUCGAUAAGUAUGAGCCGGUUUUUUCUUUUUGUUCCUACAAACUCGGGUCUGCUCGGCGUGGCAGCGGCGAUGACUUCCCUCUCUUACAGCCUCGAGAAAAACCCUCUCAUGGAGCCUGACUGUAUACAAACACCCGGACUGUAACAAUAAGACUUUAUCACCGAGCCCGGCUCAUCAGCGACAAUAAAAAGAGACUUUAUCGACAGCGCUUCCACUCGAAAAGAAGAACACAUCACUUGCUGUAAAUCGAGCCAGGAGCAUCGAGCCAAAGUGCAAGACGAAUGGUUUGGGCAUGGUGCCCACGCCCCAGGUGUGCGUAUCAACCCUGGUCACGGUGAGCACGAUGGCAGUGGUGGACCUCUACCUGCUGGAGCAGAGCAUGCUGGGGGCUCGUGGUAUUCCCGGACCUAGUGUGUGGCAGUGUGCGGCGGUGUUGCUAGGAGAUGUGGGCUUCCUUCUCGCGCUGCGCUUUGUGUCAGCCGGAGUGGUGUCAGAGGCGCGGUCGCCACGCCGCGGUUUUGCCAAUGCGCUCUGGUUCCUGUUCCUGUCCCUGCUCCAGCUUAAGCUCUUCUUCGUCUGCCAUAACUACAGGCAGGAGCGCCGGCCGCCCGACCCGCUGGCCAGGAAAACCUUGACGCUGCUGCUGUCCAUCUGCCUGCCCUCCUUGUUUCUGAUCCUGACAGGAGCUGACCACAUGACGCCGCAGCGCAGGAAGCAGGAGGUUCGGGGCCGGCUCCUGUGGGUGGUGGUCGACCUGCUGGAUGUGCUGGACCUGCAGGCGGGGCUGUGGGAAGCCCAAGGAGGGGGCGCAGUAGCGACAGGGGGCACCUCUGAGGAGAGGCUGCCCAUCUGGGCCGAGGGCCUGGUUUUCUUUUACUGCUACGCCCUCCUGCUGCUGCUGCCAUGUGUGGCCCUCACAGAGCUGGGGGCCACCGGAUUGCCAGGACAGAGGGGGCCCCGUAAGGAGGCUUUGUACCCUUGGCUCAGCUUGGUCACUAUCAACAUCUUCACCCUGGCCUUAAGGGGCACAGGCAUGCUGUGGUACAGGGACCCUCGAGUCUCCACUGUGUUCCUGGGGAAAAACCUGCUGGCUCUGGCUGUGAAGCUGAGCUCAGCCUGGGAGAGACACAAGCAGGAACGCGCUGCUGGGGGAGCUGGGGCUGCAGCUGGAGCAGAACCAGCAGACUCGACCGUGCCAAGCCAGAGCUCAGAGCAGGGAGAGGGCCAGGCUCAGGGCAAAGCCCCUCCCUCUCACUAUCACACACUCUCUCGCUCCCAAAGCCACACUCUCUCCCACGUCAGCCUGGAGCCCACAGAGACGCCCUUAGGACCCUCUUUCAUCUCCCAUGAACUCUAGAGAGUUUCACACACUCUGACCAAGCAAGCACGCACAAACGCAUGCACACACACACACACACACUCAAAACUUGGACAAGCCAAGCCAGUAUCACAUCCAAGCAGAUAUCAGUGAUGGGUAUAACGCAGUGCUGUGGAAAUGCAUUUGGCAAGCUUGGCUUUCUGCACAUUUUGUUGUGCUAAGAAUAACUCUGAAUGCAUCGCUGUGAUUUGUGGGUGUGUAUUUUUGAAUUGGACACUGAACACAUCUGUCAGAGUGUAAAGAAUAUUCCAGAAAUGUCUUUUGAAGUCUAGUAGUGUUAAUUCCUAUGUUAAAUCUCGGCACAAUCGCUCUAACUGCCACAUAUUUGUUGAAUUCUGUCCUGCACACGUCGUCUUGAGGUUGUAGUUUGAGUGUUUGUUUUUUUUAAGUUCUGAUUGCUUGCUACCUAUCCGAUACCGCUCCAUGUACAGUAUCUGUGUAGGAACAUCGCUUUGGUUCAUUUAUUUGUUAAAUCUGAGGUCAGUACAUCUAGUUUGUUGAAAAAUUAAAUCAACAUUCUCCCUGACAUUAGAUACAAAAAUACCAAGGAUGACCUUUAGCGUACAUUUUCUAGCUCACUUAACAGGGAACUUUAAAAAAGCAACGUUUUUUUUUUUUUUAAAAAGGUAGAGGAGAGAUUUAUUUUUUCCUUCAGUGCCACAGACCCAUGAUUCAAAAGCCAUCUACCAAUAAAAACCCACACACUUCACUGCGCUCCGGUAUUUCAGUGCAGAGUCUAGUCUUUUCAUUCCUGAUAUUCAUUCCAACCAAACGCAACAUUGGCUGAUAUCACUUAUUUGUCUGGCAGAAAAUGUUAAUCAGAGGAAUCAGUCACUGUGGUGUAUGGUUGCAGUGAAAUCCUGCAGACUCAUGGACUUGAUGAUCGGCCAACCCUGGCCCACACACACUAAACUGUUUCAGAUAUGACAGAUAUUUGAUUUGAUUUUAACAAAGGACUGGAUAUUAAGUUUAUUUAGUCCGUAUUUAAGAAAUGUAUGUUGAACCUUCACAUACAUUUCAGGACUACUUUUGCUGUUGAUGUUUCUAUCCGAUAGAGAUUUACCACAACAAAAUGUGCAUAACUCAAGACGCCAACUGUUUGUUUUUGCAUAAGUAAAAUCUUUCAAUGGUAGGGCUUAAAGGAUAGGCUCACAAUUUUUCACAUCUGUCUAAAACAAUAGUCAGGUGCCAAUAGUGAACAGUGACA